CAUGAAAAUGGCGGCAUCUACGCGCCAAAAGCGUUUCAAUUUCAGCGCGGCUAUUUAGUGUUUUUAACUGAAAACUUAGACAUGAAUUUUCCUGAUUCAACAAUUGAUUCACUUAUCGAACUUGUCUGGACGGAAAAUAUAGAUGAAUAUCAUCUAGAUGCACUUAAGGAAUGGGGCCAUCCCUUGUCUAAGUUAAAUAUGCUUGAAGCCACCUAUGAACCAUCGAAAGCCCUUAAAAAUAGAUAUCACAUAAUGGUAUGCUUCAAUAUUCUCCUUAAUACAUCGUUUACAGUGCCAUACAAGUGCCCCAGUUGUCCUGCAACUUUUGAGGAGAGACGGUUACUAGAAACUCAUUAUGAACUAACCCAUGGAGAUGGGAUAGCUAGAUUCUGUUUCCGGUGCGGAAAAGGAUUUGCCACUUCGCAAAGCUAUCAACGUCAUUGUCAAAGUGUUCAUGAACAGCGAAAACCUGUACGAAACCACGCUUGUGAACAAUGUAAUAUGGCCUUUGCUUCAACUCAAGCUCUGAAAACUCACAUAACGAGAAAACACCCAGGUCAUUUUUUGAUUUCUCUCAUUCUGCUUCCUUCUCGUGGUAAAGGUUGA